AUGCUGUCAACAUCCACGCGACAGCGAUCAUCGCUGUCCCAGUCCCGGCCGCCCGCCAGCGCGCGUGGACGAAGCGCUCCACGAGGCAGCACAGCCGUCGAACUACCCCCAUACCAGCCUCCAGAGGCACCUCUUACGAUUGAAAGCCGACAGAGACUUGCACUACUCCUCCAAUCCCAUGAAUUCAAGGGCGUGAAGCAACACCUCGCAGACGCCGUGUCCGAACUCACCGCAACUGCGGGCGAUAUCAACUCGCGAAUGGUCUUCGCCCGACAACAAUACGAAAAGCAAAAGAUUUCACGGAAUAAUGAUGACGAUGAAGAAAACCGGAGCGAAGGCGAUGGCGAGGAUGGAGGGUUGCAACGACUGGCUGAGUUUGAAACAAAGGUUGACGAGAUGACGGGACAUAUGGAAGAGCGCAUGCGCAAGACGAUUGACUCCGGCAAGCGCUUGCAAGACAUUUUCGACACUAUGAAGCAUAUUGACAAAGAAGAAGAGGAAGCACAGACUGCUGCGCUGGGGACACGCCAGACGCGUGCACAGCGACGGCGGCAACAGCAAACGGACGGAGAGGAGAACGAAGGCGAUGAUGAAGACGACGAGGAUUACGAGGGAACUCCUGAGCGUCAGACUCGGGAGCAGAACGCACAGAACCCGCCCAGUCAAAGGCUGGCUGAUUCGUUGAAAAACGAGGCGCAGGAGUGGGAUGGUCUGUCCCUGACCGAACGGUACACCGAGCACAACGACUAUAUCGGGUUCUAUCGCGUUGUCUUCGAAUCCAAGUUUCCCCCCAGUCAGGCACUCCCGCCACUACCGCACUCUUCUACGUGGUUUUCGCACCUUGAAGAUACCUCUGCCUCACGCAGGACCUCGGCCGCCCGCACGCGAAAUCAACAGCGCGAAUCUACGGCCGACUCGGAUGAUAUUGCCAUUGAGCGCGAGAGAAUAUCCCUCAAAUGUCCACUCACCUUGCAGUACUUCCAAGACCCUGUCACCAGCUCGAAAUGUCGGCACAGUUUCGAGCGUGAAGCCAUUAUGGGCAUGAUGGCGCGCGCACCCUAUGUUGCCGACCCUGAGCGGCGCGGUCGUCGCAUCCGGGCGUUGAAGUGCCCAGUGUGCUCAGUUCUCUUGUCGGCAGAGGACCUACGUACCGACGCGGCAUUGCUCCGCAACGUGCGACGUGCGGAAGAGGCGCGGGCACGCGAGGACGAGGAGAUGGACGAGCAGGGCAGCCGAGCGAACGAGGUGACAUUGGGGAGCGAUAUGAUUAACGAGGACGAAAUGGACGUGGAUGAUGCUGACUCAGACUCGGACCGUCAGAUCAAAUCUGAGCCCGGGUUGAAGAUCAAGCGAGAAAAAAGUCUUAUUCCGAACGCGAGUCAGGACGUGCAGACGCUGGUGUCGAGUGAGCCCGGGGAAGACAGCGAUGUCGAGACUGCGAGUGAUAGCGAGUAG